UCUCGGCGGUGGCGGGAGUGUUUGGAAGUUGGCUCCCGGGCGAGAGCAUGUCUCAGGAGCGCGCCGCGCCGGCGAGCGACGUGCCCCUGGAGGAAUUCAGCAGCUGGCCGGAGGAGCUGUGCCGCCGGGAACUGCCGACGGUCCUGCCCCGGCUCCUCUCCCUGUGUCAGCAUUCUGACGGCUGGGUUGAGCACAUUCAAAUUCUGAAAACCAUCGUCGAAAUGUUUCUACCUCACAUGGACCACCUGACGCUGGAACAGGCUUUCUUUUCACAAGUGCUGCCCAAGACUGUGAAAUUAUUUGAUGAUAUGAUGGAUGAGUUAACCGGUCAAGCCAGAGAACUGUCUAGCCAAAACUUGGAGACCCAGAGCACCCUGAGGAACAUCUUACAGACCAUGGUGCAGGCCCUGGGCGCUCUCACGGGGUGCGUGCGGCACGUCUGCGCCACGCAGGGGCCCGUCGUCCUCGACAGCAUCCAGAGUCUGCCCGCUUCGGUCCUGCACGUGAUCAGAAGUACCUUUGUGCACUGCAAGAACAGUGAGUCUGUGUAUUCUGGGCGCUUGCACCUGGUGUCAGACCUUCUCCAGGCACUUUUCAAGGAGGCCUACUCUCUCCAGAAGCAGCUGAUGGAACUGCUGGACACGGUGCGCACGGACCCUGCCGACCCUGCCGGCGACGAGGAGGGUGGCGCUCUGGACAUGGCGACCGUCAUCCACUCGCUGCUGGACAUCUGCGCGGCCAUUUCUGGCAUGGACCAUGCAUUCCACGCCAACACUUGGAAAUUUAUAAUUAAGCAGAGCCUGAAGCACCAGGCGGGCGUGAGGGGCCGGCUGAGGCACAGGGACAUCGUCGCCAGCCUGUGCGAGGACGCCCUGUGCUCCUUCCGGGCCGGCCUGCAGCUGGCGGAGCAGAUGGCCCAGGCCGGCGCGCAGGAUAAUGCUGACUAUAAAUUAUUUCAAAAAACACUCAAAUUGUGUCGUUUCUUUGCCAACUCUCUUCUGCACUAUACUAAGGAGUUUCUUCCUUUCCUCUCCGACUGCUGCUCUGCGCUGCACCAGCUGUACCUGCAGGCACACAGCCGGUGCCCCCCCAGCCUGUUCGCGGCCGGCCUUUCCGACGCCCAGCGGGAGGAAGUGGUGGCUUCGUUCCUCGCGGCCCUGGACCCUCUCGUCACGCAGCUGCUCGCCUUCCAGCCCUUCGUGCACGUGGUUCUGGACGGCACGCCAGAGCUGCCCUGCGAGCUGCAGUUCCCGCAGUGCCUGCUGCUGCUGGCCGUCAUGGACAAGCUGCCCGCGCAGCCCGAGCACGUGCAGGCGCUGUGGUGCGCCGGGAGCCGGGACCCGGGAGCCGCGUGCAGGGCGUCCCUGCUCGGGGCCGUCUUCCGCAGCUUCGAGCACUGCGCUGGGGAGCUGUCCCUGCCCAUGCGUCCGCAGGGGGUGCGGGGCGAGGGGCGGGCCGAGGUGGCCGUCACCUUGUACCAGCACGCCUGUGUGCGCCUGUGCGCCUUCAUCGCCUCCCUGCGCCCGUCGCUGUUCCCUGAGCUGGACGCGGCCCUGCUGGACGCCGUGCUGAGUGCCGACAUGAUCGCCGCCCUGCUGGCCGUGGACGCGUGGUGCUUCCUGGCUCGGUACGGGACCGCGGAGCUCUGCGCGCACCACGUCGCCCUGGUGGCUUGCCUGAUAAAGUCGUGCCCUGGAGAGUGUCGCCAGCUCACCCACCUGUCCGUCCUGCUGAGGCGCCUCUUCUUCUUCAUGGCCCCGUCCCACCAGGCGCAGUUCGUCCGGGAGUUCCCCCCCCGAGAGCCGGAGAACCUGCCCCUGUGGCAGCACAUCUCCUUCCAGGCCUUCCCCGAGGCGCUGCGGAGGCUGGCUGCGCAGGAGGUCGCCCGCGCCGGCGCCGCGCACAGCAGGGGCUGGCUGGCCGGCAGUCGCACGGCCUCGGAGCUCCCCUCACUGGACGCAGCGCUCUCGGCCGUGCUCGCCGUCUGCUCCUCGGCCGGCGACGCCCUGGAGGCCGCGCAGCGGGCUGAGCUCCUGGAAGUCGGCAGUCAGCUCUGGGCUUCCCUGCACGGCCACCUGGUGUCAGGCCAGCCUUCUGUUCAGCAGACACUCAGCCUUUUGCUUCCACUGCUGGGAUUCUUCGUCCAGACUCUCGACCCUCAGCUGACAAGUCAGGUGGUGGCUCUGCAGGCCGUGCUGCUCCAGGCGGGGCCCCCCGACCACGUGCGCCUGGCCGUCCUCGACUUCGCGGGGUCCCUGGGGACACUCCUGAUACCGCCGGCUCUGCAGGACAGAGUGCUGCCCGCCCUGGCGUCCAUUUUCGCCUCGCUGCUGGCUGACGGGAGCUGGCUGCUGGAGCAGCUCGCCUUGGAGGCGUUCACGCAGUUCGCUGAGGGUACAAGUCAUGAGGAGAUAGUCCCACAGUGCCUCAGUUCUGAAGAAACGAAGAACAAAGUUGUGUCCUUUCUGGAGAAGACGGGGCUCGUCGGCGAGACGGCAGCUGCCCGGGCGGAGCGUGUGAAGCAGGAGAAGGGGGUUUUCUGCCAGUGCCCAGCGCGGGCCGCGUCAGGAGGAGCCCGAUCACCGUCUCCACAGCCUCACGCGAAGAGAGCCCGCGGCGAGCCCCGCCUGGAGGAGGAGUACAGGUCGGCGCUGCGGGCUGCGACGGGCGCCCUGGAGGCCCUCGGGUCCCUGCUGCGCAGGUGCCCGGCUCCAGACUGGCUCCCCCGGGAAAUGCAGCUGCUGCAGGAGAAGAUGGGUGAGCUGCGGCGCCAGGGGCCCUUGGGCGACCCGUGA